ACGCCGCAAUCUCACCCGACCCAACCUCAGGGGUCUCCGGUCUUAACUCUGACGCCUGAACUACCCCUAAACCCAUCCCGUCCCCGCCGCCGCCGCAGUCCGCCGCAGCCUUCCACCCCCUCCCCCCUCCAGACCCCGUACGCCUCCGCGGCCAUGGACGCCGCCACCGACGGCGAGCAGCGGCGCCUCCUCUCCAUCCCCAAGGAGGGCGAGCGCGUCAUCGCGCCGACGCGCCGCCCGGACGGGACCCUCCGCAAGGAGAUCCGCAUCCGCGCCGGCUACGUCCCGCAGGACGAGGUCGCCAUCUAUCAGUCCAAGGGCGCCCUCAUGAAGAAGUCAGGGCCCGACGUGACGCCGGGGUACGACCCUGCGCUCGAUGCCAAGCCCAAGACGAAGGCGGCCAAGCGCAACGAGCGGCGCAAGGAGAAACGGCAUCAGCAGGGUGGUUCAACAAAUGAUAAAGGGAAGAGCUUGGAUAUAGAGGAGGCUGAUGCUGGAGAACCUGACAAGGUUCAUUCUUCCAAAACUAAGCAGAGGAAUACAGUGGACAGUAUAACAGAGCAGAUAAGUGGCAUUGCUAUUUCUGAAUCUCCAGCUACAGCAACCCCUUCCACAAAUGCCGCCAACAACUUACAAACAGAGUCAUCUGUUACAGAGAUAGAUAAGAAAAUCCGAGCGCUGAAGAAAAAGAUACGCUUAGCUGAAGCCCAAGUGCAAGGGGACCCAGAAAAAUUGAAACCUGAGCAAUUGGAGAAAACAAAAAAGAUUGAAGGAUGGCGUGAAGAGCUGAAGCUUUUGGAGUCUACAAGGGGUCAUGCUGCUUCGUAGGCAAAGCGGGCUUGGCCCUGAUGUAAACUGAGCUGUCAUUUCUGCACGCCCACUUGGCGUUGUUGCUGACCCGAAAUUCAAUCGAUCAUGCUAUGCUUCUUCAGUACCUACGGGUUUGCUGGAAAUGCAUUCCGGUGAACGUGGGGUUUGCACAGAAUGGAAGAUUUUUCACCACAUUUGUUGUCUCAUGUAACACUUGUCAGUUCCAAAAUUUAUAUUGCAAUAUCUGUUUGUCGAAGAUCAUAUAGUGGAGGCGAUAACUGAUUUGCCAUGGGAUGGCUGUUGCUUU